GCUGUGCAUGCUUGACGUGCUGCUGGCGCUGAUGGCGGCGGGGCUGGCGGAGGGUCGCACUGAGAAGGGAGCGCGAGGAGGCGGGGGACCAGAGACUGAGAGAGGAGGCCCCGGCGUACCCAGCACCGACACCGCGGCAGACAAACAGGAAUCACACCGACUGCAGAAGCAGCCAGUCCCGCAGACUGACCCAGUGGAGGACGGGCGGACGGACGGAGCGUUCAGAGCCUCCUACUGGCUGUCAUCCUGUCUCCUCCCCAGCGCUCUCUUGCAGCUGCAGUACUAACAGGAUUUAGUAGCUGUCACAUGACGGUGGUGUAGGUGCUGCUGUUCUGUAGCCUUUAAAUCGUGCAUGAGUGGUGCUAACGGAUGAGGAAGCUCCUCUCUGCCCCGUCGGUCUCUCUUUGGAUGCAGAAGUUCCCGCCUGGUUUCUGGUCCUUCUCGGUGAUAAGCUCAGUAAUUUGCUAUCACAGAGGCGUCGCUGAAACUGCCUGAAUCUAUCAUUUCAGGUGUUUCACCUGCGCUGAAAAUGUAGAUUAGCUUAAUUUUGAAGCUAUUUGGAUUUACUGACUGACCAGAAUUUAAGAAUAACAGGCUAUCUGCUCCUGAAGUAAAGUUUGGCUACAAAACAGAUUACAUGAAAAAAUGUAGCUGGAUUUGCAACUGGGAUCACACGUUUUAGCAGCUAACGCCUAGUUAGCGGCUUGCGGCGAGCAGGCAGCGGUGGCUCGGGGCUAAGUGUGCAUGAAGCAGGGGUGCUAUGGAGUACCACUCCGGUGGCAGCCAGCCCCUGCUGGGCAGACCGCGGUACUGCCCGGGUGCCAGCGUUAACGGAGGAUACCUGUGUGAGACAGGACACUGCUGCGGAGAGACCGGCUGCUGCACCUACUACUAUGAACUCUGGUGGUUCUGGCUGCUGUGGACCGUCCUCAUCCUGUUCAGCUGCUGCUGUGCGUACCGACACCGUCGAGCCAAACUCAGAGUCCAGCAGCAGCAGAGACAGAGAGAGAUCAGCCUGCUGGCCUACCAUGGAGCCAACUCCUACCCCUCCUCUAUGCUGGACCUCAGUUUCUUGGCAUCCCUGAAGUUGCCUUCCUAUGAGGAGGUGGCAGCUCAGCCCUCGACUCCUCCUCCUCCUUACAGCUCCGUCUUCACCACCCCUCGAUACCCUCAACCUCCACGCACCGCCGACCCCCAUCUGCUCACACAACACGGUCCCUUGCUGCACCGGCCACACAGCGAUGGGCCGUCCUCCCUCAGCUCAGACAACAGCUCCAGCUGUUCCUGUGAUUCCUGCUGCCCCUCCUCUCCGUGUAGCUCCUCCCUGUCGGCACCCAUUACAUAUGAGACUGACACUAGCCAUGCCUCCACACCCAGCGAAGCCACGCCUCUCACCCUUGAUGUCACCAUGGAGACCAUCUCUGCAGCUGCAACCUACUUGAAUUCAAACGAGACGCAGGUUGCUUCUGAGAGGAUGGUCCUUGACGUUGCUGACGUAAGCGGUGCUGGAGCUCAUACAGCAGUUGCCACAAACUCAUCGGUUUCCAACCAGACUGUUACUGUGGCGGUUGUUACCAGGGCAGCCUCCCCUCAGCCUCCACCCUCACCUGGUUUUCAGCUCACCCUCCCAGUCGGGACUACAUCUCCCAUAAAGCAGCAGCUUGACAUAGCACCAUGUACCCCAAUAGUCAGCACCUGUAGCUCAAGUACACUCCCUAGUCCAAAUGUUGUUGACACAGCACUCCCCUCCAUCCAAAUAAUACAAAGCCCAGCAAUGGACACCAAUACUGUCCAAAACGAUACCCCAAAGAUUCCCUUAAUGUCAAGGCCUCCUACCCCAACUGCUUCUGACUCUUCUAUAACAAUAAAAUCACUGGAAACACUAAAUUUAACAAGGACUUUUGAUACAGUCAGUUCUCCUAAUAGCCCAGCCUCAGUUCCAUCACCAGAUGCUGGAAGAACUUUGUCUCCAAUAGCAAGCUCUGUUUCUGGUUGCCUAACUCCUGACCCAACUCUUGUACCAAUUCCAUCACCUACAAAGCUUACCCAGUCUCCAGUCCAAGAACCUACAAAGCUUACCCAGUCUCCAGUCCAAGAACAUACAAAGUUUACACAAGGUCAGGAACCACAAUCACUAUUUCUAAAGCUUACACAACCUCCAGAUUUGGUAACUUCAGAUCAUAUCCUGCUUCCAAAUCCACAGCAUAAAGCUGGGGUAGUUGCAGAUUCACCAGUUAAUAGCCUUCUGUCUCCAAGGCAUGCAAAUCUUGCCCUAGUCACAGAUGCAGCACCAACUUUACCCAUCCUAACUCAGUGCCAGAACCUAGAACUAUCACCUGGAUCAGGUUUAGUCGAGGGUCAUCCCAGCCCUGGGUCACACUUAUCCCAGCAUUUAGGGUCUAUUGCUGUUUCAACAUCUUGCCUGGAUUCAACUGCAGAAACAGAUCAUUCAGGUCAUUCUCUGGUCCCGCCUCGAUUGUCUGAGUUUGACCAUAUUCCUCCAUUGCCUUCAAAUGCCCAGGCGUGUUUUAGUUCUGGUUCUUGUUCUGGAUUUGAAUUGCGCCCUGGGGCUGGUUCUGAGUCUGAGCCUCUGUCCACCCCUACACCACUUCUCACUUUCUCAGAACAAGUGUCCACUGCUUCCCCCUGCCCAGCCAUAACCAUAGAGUCUGAAUCUUCUUAUGCUACUUGUCAGUCACCCCUUGCGACACUCUCCCCAUCCUCACCCCCAUCCCUUUCUACUUCUCCUCCUCCUCCCCUAACUCUUCAAGCCCUUUCUUCCACCUCCCUUCCUGCUCCAGCCUUACUUCUGGACCCCCUUACUGCUUUCCACCAGUCUGACAAAGGUGGAUCUUCCUCUGGCCACGCAUCCUCCCUCUCACCAUCACCUCGUGCUACUCAGUCUCCACCAAAACAGACUCUGUUUUCCCCCUGCGUGGAUGUCUUUGAGCCAGGACCACCCAGUUGGGAGAAUGAGGACGAGGACCAGGAGGAGAAGGACAAUGACGAAGACGACGAUGAGGACAUGGGAGCUGAUGAGAGCCAGUAUAGACACCGGCGACUCACAGGUGACUCUGGGAUCGAGGUGUGCAGGUGUCGAGUAGAGGAGGAGGAUGAAGAGGAGGAGGAGGAGGAGGAAGGUGGCAGGAGAGGAAAUGGAGGGGAGAGAGAUAAAAGAAAUAGUGACUCUGAUCUCCAUGACAGUGUGGACUGCCCUGCAAGGGGUCAGGUGACCACAGAGGAAGGACUUACACUGUGUACUCCGACCGCCACCACAACACCAACAUCUGAGGACAGCGGCGAAGUCGUCAUUGUCAUGGAGACAGUGUGACUGACAUAAGUAGGGUCAUUUGCCAUCCAGACAGGGGUUCCAGACAACAAGAACUGAUCGAUAGUGUUUACCCUUAAAUCUUUCUGUAACUGGAAAGGCUUUAGUUAAAUGUGAUUUUGACUGAGGAUAAAAUAGGUCCCGUUAAUAGGCAUGCACAAUUUUUAGAUGGCUGACUUGAGAGUUUCUUAAAAUGAGUUGGAAUCAUAAAGAGUUCUUGUGCCAACUUUUGACAUAUCCAGGUACAAGAGCGGUUUUCACUCAAAUACCAUGCAAUGUUGGAGAAGUUUUAGGACUACCACACUGCAGAGCUGUUGUCAGCUAGGUGGGCCCCAUCUCCCUAAUUUUAUCUCAUUUAGAUGGUGCUGCAAAAGCGGCCUCUAAAAUUUCUACCCAUCCAUUAUUACUUCAUUUUGGACAGUUGCCUAUUUAUGAAGAAAAUCUAUAUCUCUAACAAAGAUUAUGGAGCAUUAUCUGAAGCACCCAAUCGUAAAGGAUCUGCACAUCCAUUAAGUGGGGUUCACAGUUACAGGAAAGUCUUUGUAAAGUGGGAACUAAACCCUAAAAUCUAAUCUGUGGUAUUGAACAAUAGGUUUUUUUAGCUUUUGAAAGUUGUUCUCCUGAGCUUUGGCAUCCAGGGCAAAAGAAAAACUGACACAAAACUUGAAACUAGCAAAAAUAUAGUUUUCUUUAUUCAAAACAUUAGGGUUACAGUUAGAGUUAACCUUAACUCUGAUUGUAGGAUCAUCUUGAGGUUGACGUUUUCAGUUCCAACGUGAUUUUAACUCAUGUACAUUGGAGGCUUUCACAACAGAUGGAGUAAUUUGUUAGCCAGCAACAAAAAUUGUAAACACAAAGUAAUUGAUGACAUUAUUAGUUUCCAUUAAACAAAUAACCAUCUCAGUCAUGGUUUGGUUGUGACAGCAGAUGGACAUGCCAUUAAAUAUCUACAAAACAUAUGCUGCAUGCAGUCAUCAAACACUUGAUGAUAAUUGCUAAUAAUUUUGGUUUCUACUUCAAGUUCAUUUUUCUAACCAUGUUUGCACAGCAAGUUGCAUGAAGGCAAACAGUCAGGGAUUGGAUUUGUGUAAUUUUACUUGCAAAACCACAAAAUCAUUAGCUUUUAGGCUUUUGCUAGCCUAAGUUUUGGUGCAUUUGUAGACCAAUGACUCAUGGGCAGAAGUAGUCUUGAUACAGACUUUUGUUGGCUACACCAGAAACCUUAAAAAGUGGUUGUUUCCCCCAAAUUCAGCAGACUAGCAGAUUAAUGCUGUUUUAGUGAUGCAGAGGAUUUAAAUGCUCAGAGAGAAACUCAGCCGAUCCGAUGACUGUCACAAUUCGUCAUUAAUACUGAAUUAAGACUGCACAGAUUGUCGCUGUAGAUUGCAUCACACCCCUCACAGAAAUUAUGUUGUCCACGGUUAAUAAAAAAAAAUAAGGAACUUUAAAUAGUUGGACAUGUAGCCAGAGAUGCCUCGCUCGUCUUGGGUGAUGACGUAGGUUUGGCAAUGUGCUGGGGACAAAUUGGCUGGUUUGGAAUUGAAGAGAGGCUGAUGUAGGCGGAUGAUUCACGCUGACUGACAGCAGGAAAGCUGAUUCAUUCAUUAAGGGGACGUUUUUGAUGAAAAAGUCUGUCAGAAGGGUAGAAUUAGGUGGGUCGCUUUUUUUAUUUUUCAUUUACUUUUUUCUGUUGAUGUUUUUUUUUUUUUUUUCCUGCGAUCCUGAUUGUGUGUAGAAGAUUUUCGGGGUGGACAGGAUCGGCAGGCUUCCUGUGCGUCAGCCAUUCAACAGAGAAAAGCUCUUACAUAAAUAAACGCAAACAAUGGGUACGUUUAGAGAGAAACAAAGCGCCAAACACAGCAGAGACGAAACACGUCAUGGUUCCCGUCUUGCCUUCUUUGCCUCUUUCACUGAGUUUGAGGUCAGAUGAUACAAUACAUCUAAACAGUAGCAUCUUGCUUUACGCUUCAUGCACCUCUUAUUCAUAGACAACUCUCCUUUGUCCUGGUAAAAUGGGAUCAAGUAAAUGUAUUCCAAUCAACGUUUUGCCAGUAAGUCAAGAUAUUUUAAGGCCUUAGAAAUGAUGCCCCACAAUCUGGCUAGAACUGUGAUUUAUUUUUUUGGCAGCGGUUGGUACCAAUUAAUGUUUCGUACACUCUUCACAUAAUAAACAUGUCAAUAUUGAUAUUUUGUGACAAAAAGACUUGAAGGUAGAGUAUAUUUUGUCAGUGACACAGAAUAAUGUUUGUAUAGUAAUGGCUAAUGUGUUUAAAGUCACCUUAGAGUGUGAAAUUAGUGAAAAGCAAUAUUUUUCAGCAAGAGUCUGUGUGUAAAUAGCCAGAGAGAGAGCUGCAGAAUAACCACCUCUGAAAGGCUUCAUAGUAAGAAUGCAUCAUCAUUGAUUGUAAAAUCUGUAAGGUUUGGAUUUCUACUGUGGUUCAAGCAAAUUCUGCCUACCUUUGUCUGUGUUUUCUUUUCUUUUUCACCUGACAGCAGUAGAAUAAUUGUGCAGUUUUAAGGACACAAGUAAUUUCCAACGCGCUUGAUGGAAGUGCGCCAUCACACAUUUGUGAGACUCUGUGUGUCGGUGUAUAACAUCAAGUCGAAUGCAUACAAUUCAAAAAUGUAUACUGUCACUUUGUUAUCUUGUGUUGUAGCAUUGUAGCGCAUGGAUUCUUAAAACUGAACUGGUUGGAGCACAAAGGGUAAGAUGCCUUCAUAUCUGCUCCCACAAAGUGCACUUGUUUUUGCAGCCUGUUAAUGUUAGCUGCAUUUGAAAGUUUUCACAGACGUGCGUUAAAUUUGCAGUGUGUUGGAAAGUGUGUUGACUCCAAUAAGAGAAAUAGUGCACAGUGGUGUUAUUGGAUCGUACUGGCAGGUGAAUGCUUAAAC